AUGAAGAAGUUUCACGGAGUCGCCUUGGUUGUUUUUCUAUCAGCUUUAGCGACUACUUGCAAAGCAGAUGAGGAACUUUCUUGCGAAGAGAAGGAGCCAUUCACAUGUGGAAACAUUGACGUCGAAGGAGGAAGAGGUCGUGGUCUAAACGUUUGGGAUGGCUUCACUCACCGAUACCCAGAGAAAGGAGGACCAGAUCAUGGGAAUGGAGACACAACUUGUGAGUCAUAUACAAGAUGGGAGAAAGAUGUAGAGGCGAUAAUCGAAAUGAAUGCUACUGGCUACAGAUUCUCCUUUGCGUGGUCAAGAAUCAUUCCAAAAGGAAAAAGGAGUAGGGGAGUGAACAAAGGAGGUCUUGAUUACUAUCACAAACUCAUAGAUGCCCUCAUCGCAAAGAACAUAACGCCUUUCGUUACCCUUUUUCACUGGGACCUUCCUCAAACACUGCAAGAUGAGUAUGAAGGUUUCUUGAGCCGCGAAGUCAUAGAUGAUUUCAAAGAUUACGCGGAUCUAUGUUUCAAGGAAUUCGGUGGAAAGGUAAAGAACUGGCUCACUAUCAACCAGCUCUACACAGUUCCUACGAGAGGCUAUGCAAUCGGGACAGAUGCACCCGGUCGAUGUUCUCAAGCGAUUGAUGAGAGAUGUUACGGCGGAAAUUCUUCAACGGAACCCUAUAUAGUUGCACAUAACCAGCUUCUUGCUCAUGCCGCGGUGGUUGAUCUUUACAGGAAGAAAUAUAAGUUUCAAGGAGGGAAGAUCGGACCUGUGAUGAUAACUAGAUGGUUUCUUCCAUAUGAUGAGACUGAUAAAGCCUGCAUAGAUGCAACUGAGAGGAUAAAAGAAUUCUUCUUAGGAUGGUUUAUGGAGCCGCUAACAAAAGGUAGAUACCCAGACGUCAUGAGGAAAAUUGUGGGAAGUCGUCUUCCCAACUUCACAGAAGCAGAAGCCAAACUCGUAAAGGGUUCAUAUGAUUUUCUUGGCCUCAACUACUACGUCACUCAGUAUGCACAGCCAGCUGCUAACCCAUUUCCUUCGCCAAAGCACACUGCCAUGAUGGACCCAUGCGUAAAGCUCACGUCUGAAAAUUCACGUGGUGAAGUUCCUGGUCCACUGUUCUCUGAAGACAAGGUAAGCGGCAACAGCUAUUACUACCCAAAGGGAAUUUACUACGUAAUGGAUCACUUCAAAACCAGAUACGGUGAUCCUUUAAUCUAUAUCACCGAGAACGGAAUUAGCAGCCUCGGUUCCGAAAAACCCGUGAGGAGGCUGUUGCCGAUUCGAAGCGGAUUGACUAUCUUUGUAGUCAUCUCUGCUUUCUCAGUAAAGUCAUCAAGUGAGUGA